AUGGCCGCGCGGCAGGUCAACUGCUCAGAUGGGCCCGCGAAUCGCAAGAAACAGCACGCAGCUGCUUGCAUUCGUACUCGCGCAAAACCGGGAGUGUCGCAGCCAUCUGCACAGAAUCAGAAGGCGCAACGUCGCCUUCACGCUUCGGCUUCGACAUCUCCUCAAAGGUCCUCCGUGCUUCAGCCCUAUCCAGACCAGUCCACGAUGACUGUUCAUUCUCGUGCGCAUCUUCGACAGGCAGGCGCAGGCACCGCAGGCAAGCGAGAGGAAGGGACCGCAUCUCCACGGAGCCGUUUGCGCGACUGGUUAACUCAGCGGAUUCAGACCGUGCAGCUGGAGAUCGCUCAAUUUCAACAUGCAAGGCUCCAGCGGUCAUCAUCAGUGAAGCCAUCCGACAAGAAGCCGAAGGCUUACAGGACUGGCUCGUUUUCACCAUCGAGAACUCAGCCUGCUGUUCAGCCGCGAAGUGCGAGGAUCCCACUUGGAUCUGCGACGGCUUUGUGCAAGGCUGCGGGAUCCAGGCCACCUGCCAGGCAGAAUGCAGCAGGCCAUGCAAACUCUACACUGCCUGAAGCAGCCGUCCAGAAGACUGGCGACCAGGCAUGUGCUCCGAAAUGGAUGGAUUUGCCGAAGUCUCCUCCAGCAGUGCCCCGGACGUUGGAGGCUCCGCGGAAGUUUCUCGGCGAAAGGCUGAGAUGUGUCCACCAUGCUGCCUGUCGUAUCCAGCGUGCUUGGAGGAUAUCUCAUUGGCGCCGAAGCUUCGUUGAUUUCUCCCGCCACCAGGUUGGAUGGUUGGGUAGCCUGAGUUGGCUGCGGCGGUAG